ACAGCGGAGGGAGUCCAGGGCCCCCGGCUCCCCACUGGGCAGUACAGCCUGCCUCCUAUGCUGAUGUCACGGCACCCAGGUCUCGGAGGCCUCUCCGACUCCGCCUCCUGAGGGAAGGUUCCGGAGCAGGGCGUGGGGAGGGCAGCAGUGCCGCUGGACAGCCGUCCUGGCCAAGAAAGGAAGGGAGAGGCUGAGAGGCAGACAGACAGUCACACGGUGAAAACCUGACACAUCCAGAGAGACAACCCCCGCCCCUGCCCCCCACCCACGGAGUGACUGGCCUCGGAGCAAGACAGAGGAAGAGGGGACGUGUGUCUGCAUAUUGUCCCAGACUGGUGACCCCAGCUCUUGAGCUCUUCGUGCAGGUGGCAGCUGUGUGCAGUCCGGUGAGCAGCUGAGAGUGGGGAACUGGGACCCCGAACUGUAUCUGGCCAGGCAGGAAGCAAGAGCAUCUGACAAAGGACAUGGUGAUUCUUCAGCAGGGGGAUUAUGUCUGGAUGGACCUGAGAUCUGGGCAGGAGUUCGAUGUGCCCAUCGGAGCGGUGGUGAAGCUCUGUGACUCUGGGCAGAUCCAGGUGGUGGACGAUGAAGGCAAUGAACACUGGAUCUCCCCGCAGAACGCCACGCACAUCAAGCCCAUGCAUCCCACGUCGGUCCAUGGCGUGGAGGACAUGAUCCGCCUGGGAGACCUCAAUGAGGCUGGCAUCCUGCGCAACCUGCUCAUCCGCUAUCGGGACCAUCUCAUCUACACGUACACAGGCUCCAUUCUAGUGGCUGUGAACCCCUACCAGCUGCUCUCCAUCUACUCACCAGAGCACAUCCGCCAGUACACCAACAAGAAGAUUGGGGAGAUGCCCCCCCACAUCUUUGCCAUUGCCGAUAAUUGCUACUUCAACAUGAAACGCAACAGCCGUGACCAGUGCUGUAUCAUCAGUGGGGAGUCUGGGGCAGGGAAGACAGAGAGCACAAAGCUGAUCCUGCAGUUCCUGGCAGCCAUCAGUGGGCAGCACUCGUGGAUCGAGCAGCAGGUGCUGGAAGCCACCCCCAUCCUGGAAGCAUUUGGGAACGCCAAGACCAUCCGCAACGACAACUCAAGCCGCUUUGGGAAGUACAUCGAUAUCCACUUCAACAAGCGAGGUGCCAUCGAGGGUGCCAAGAUCGAGCAGUACCUGCUGGAAAAGUCACGUGUCUGUCGUCAGGCUCCCGAUGAAAGAAAUUACCACGUGUUCUACUGCAUGCUGGAGGGCAUGAGUGCGGAUCAGAAGAAGAAGCUGGGCCUGGGCCAGGCCACAGACUAUAACUACUUGGCUAUGGGUAACUGCAUAACCUGCGAGGGCCGGGAGGACAGCCAGGAGUACGCCAACAUCCGCUCAGCAAUGAAGGUGCUCAUGUUCACAGACACUGAGAACUGGGAGAUCUCGAAGCUCCUGGCUUCCAUCUUGCACCUGGGCAACCUGCAGUAUGAGGCCCGCACGUUUGAAAACCUGGAUGCCUGUGAGGUCCUCUUCUCCCCAUCCCUGGCUACAGCUGCGUCCCUGCUUGAGGUGAACCCCCCAGACCUGAUGAACUGUCUGACCAGCCGCACCCUCAUCACCCGCGGGGAGACGGUGUCCACCCCGCUCAGCAGGGAGCAGGCGCUGGAUGUACGAGAUGCCUUCGUCAAGGGCAUCUACGGGCGGCUCUUUGUGUGGAUAGUGGACAAGAUCAAUGCAGCCAUUUACAAGCCCCCCUCCCAGGAAGUGAAGAGCUCUCGCCGGUCCAUCGGCCUCCUGGACAUCUUUGGGUUCGAGAACUUUGCUGUGAACAGCUUCGAGCAGCUCUGCAUCAACUUCGCCAACGAGCACCUGCAACAGUUCUUUGUGCGGCACGUGUUCAAGCUGGAGCAGGAGGAGUACGACCUGGAGAGCAUCGACUGGCUGCACAUCGAGUUCACUGACAACCAGGACGCUCUGGACAUGAUCGCCAACAAGCCCAUGAACAUCAUCUCCCUCAUCGACGAGGAGAGCAAGUUCCCCAAGGGCACGGACACCACCAUGUUGAAUAAGUUGAACUCCCAGCACAAGCUGAACUCGAACUACAUCCCCCCCAAGAACAACCAUGAGACUCAGUUUGGAAUCAACCACUUUGCAGGCGUCGUCUACUAUGAGAGCCAAGGCUUCCUGGAGAAGAACCGGGACACCCUGCAUGGAGACAUCAUCCAGCUGGUCCACUCCUCCAGAAACAAGUUCAUCAAGCAGAUCUUCCAGGCCGAUGUCGCCAUGGGCGCCGAGACCAGGAAGCGCUCGCCCACACUCAGCAGCCAAUUCAAGCGGUCGCUGGAGCUGCUGAUGCGCACGCUGGGUGCCUGCCAGCCCUUCUUCGUGCGCUGCAUCAAGCCCAAUGAGUUCAAGAAGCCCAUGCUGUUCGACCGGCACCUGUGUGUGCGCCAGCUGCGGUACUCAGGGAUGAUGGAGACCAUCCGAAUCCGCCGGGCCGGCUACCCCAUCCGCUACAGCUUCGUGGAGUUUGUAGAGCGGUACCGGGUGCUGCUGCCCGGAGUGAAGCCGGCCUACAAGCAGGACGACCUUCGGGGGACAUGCCAACGCAUGGCCGAGGCUGUGCUGGGCACCCAUGACGACUGGCAGAUUGGCAAAACCAAGAUCUUCUUGAAGGACCACCACGACAUGCUGCUGGAGGUGGAACGGGACAAGGCCAUCACCGACAGAGUCAUCCUCCUGCAGAAAGUCAUCCGGGGGUUCAAAGACAGAUCUAACUUCCUGAAGUUGAAAAAUGCUGCCACGCUGAUCCAGAGGCACUGGCGGGGCCACAACUGCCGGAGGAACUAUGAGCUGAUGCGGCUGGGCUUCCUGCGGCUGCAGGCCCUGCACCGCUCCCGGAAGCUGCACCAGAAGUACCGCCUGGCCCGCCGGCGCAUCAUCGGGUUCCAGGCCCGCUGCCGCGCCUACCUGGUGCGCAAGGCCUUCCGCCACCGCCUCUGGGCCGUGCUCACCGUGCAGGCCUACGCCCGGGGCAUGAUCGCCCGCAGGCUGCACCGGCGCCUCAGGGCCGAGUACCUGCGGCGUCUGGAGGCUGAGAAAAUGCGGCUGGCAGAGGAGGAGAAGCUCCGGAAGGAGAUGAGCGCCAAGAAGGCCAAGGAGGAGGCCGAACGCAAGCAUCAGGAGCGCCUGGCCCAAUUGGCCCGUGAGGAUGCAGAGCGGGAGCUGAAGGAGAAGGAGGAGGCUCGGCGCAAGAAGGAGCUCCUGGAGCAGAUGGAGAGAGCCCGCCAUGAGCCCAUCAACCACUCGGACAUGGUGGACAAGAUGUUUGGCUUCUUGGGGACUUCAGGCGGCCUGCCAGGCCAGGAGGGCCAAGCACCUAGUGGCUUCGAGGACCUGGAGCGCGGGCGCAGGGAGAUGGUGGAGGAGGACCUGGAUGCAGCCCUGCCCUUGCCUGACGAGGAUGAGGAGGACCUCUCUGAGUAUAAAUUCGCCAAGUUCGCUGCCACCUACUUCCAGGGCACGACCACACACACCUAUACCCGGCGGCCGCUCAGGCAGCCGCUGCUGUACCACGAUGACGAGGGCGACCAGCUGGCGGCCCUGGCGGUCUGGAUCACCAUCCUGCGCUUCAUGGGGGACCUCCCUGAGCCCAAGUACCACACCGCCAUGAGCGACGGCAGUGAGAAGAUCCCUGUGAUGACUAAGAUUUACGAGACCCUGGGCAAGAAGACGUACAAGAGGGAGCUGCAGGCCCUGCAGGGCGAGGGGGAGGCCCAGCUACCGGAGGGGCAGAAGAAGAGCAGCAUGAGGCACAAGCUGGUGCACUUGACCCUGAAGAAGAAGUCCAAACUGACAGAGGAGGUGACCAAGAGGCUGCAUGACGGGGAGUCCACUGUGCAGGGCAAUAGCAUGCUGGAGGACCGGCCCACAUCCAACCUGGAGAAGCUGCACUUCAUCAUCGGCAAUGGCAUCCUGCGGCCAGCGCUCCGGGAUGAGAUCUACUGCCAGAUCAGCAAGCAGCUCACUCACAACCCCUCCAAGAGCAGCUAUGCCCGAGGCUGGAUCCUCGUGUCUCUCUGUGUGGGCUGCUUUGCUCCCUCGGAGAAGUUUGUUAAGUACCUGCGGAACUUCAUCCACGGGGGACCGCCUGGCUAUGCUCCCUACUGUGAGGAGCGGCUCAGGAGGACCUUUGUCAAUGGGACCCGGACACAGCCUCCCAGCUGGUUGGAGCUGCAGGCCACUAAGUCCAAGAAGCCCAUCAUGUUGCCUGUGACCUUCAUGGAUGGGACCACCAAGACCCUGCUGACCGACUCGGCGACCACGGCCAAGGAGCUCUGCAAUGCGCUGGCUGACAAGAUCUCGCUCAAGGACCGCUUUGGGUUCUCCCUCUACAUUGCCCUGUUUGAUAAGGUGUCCUCCCUGGGCAGUGGCAGUGACCAUGUCAUGGAUGCCAUCUCCCAGUGUGAGCAGUAUGCCAAGGAGCAGGGUGCCCAGGAACGCAAUGCCCCCUGGAGGCUCUUCUUCCGCAAAGAGGUCUUCACGCCCUGGCACAACCCCUCAGAAGACAACGUGGCCACCAACCUCAUCUACCAGCAGGUGGUGCGAGGGGUCAAGUUUGGGGAGUACAGGUGUGAGAAGGAGGAUGACCUGGCCGAGCUGGCCUCCCAGCAGUACUUUGUGGACUAUGGCUCCGAGAUGAUCCUGGAGCGCCUCCUAAACCUCGUGCCCACCUACAUCCCUGACCGUGAGAUCACACCCCUGAAGACACUUGAGAAGUGGGCCCAGCUGGCCAUUGCUGCCCACAAGAAGGGGAUUUAUGCCCAGAGGAGAACUGAUGCCCAGAAGGUCAAAGAGGAUGUGGUCAAUUAUGCCCGUUUCAAGUGGCCCUUGCUCUUCUCCAGGUUUUAUGAAGCCUACAAAUUCUCAGGCCCCAACCUCCCCAAGAAUGACGUUAUCGUGGCGGUCAACUGGACAGGUGUCUACUUUGUGGAUGAGCAGGAGCAGGUGCUUCUGGAGCUGUCCUUCCCUGAGAUCAUGGCUGUGUCCAGCAGUAGGGGAGCAAAACUGGUAGCCCCCAGCUUCACGCUGGCUACCAUCAAAGGGGAUGAGUACACCUUUACCUCCAGCAAUGCCGAGGACAUCCGUGACCUUGUGGUCACCUUCCUGGAAGGGCUCCGGAAGAGGUCUAAGUACGUGGUGGCCUUGCAGGACAACCCCAACCCUGCGGGAGAGGAGUCAGGUUUCCUCAGCUUUGCCAAGGGAGACCUCAUCAUCCUGGACCAUGACACGGGAGAGCAGGUCAUGAACUCAGGCUGGGCCAACGGCAUAAAUGAGAGGACCAAGCAGCGUGGGGACUUCCCCACUGACUGCGUAUAUGUCAUGCCCACUGUCACCUUGCCGCCGCGGGAGAUUGUGGCCCUGGUCACCAUGACCCCCGACCAGAGACAGGACAUCAUUCGGCUCUUGCAGCUGCGAACAGCAGAGCCCGAGGUGCGCGCCAAGCCCUACACGCUGGAGGAAUUUUCCUACGACUAUUUCAGGCCCCCACCCAAGCACACGCUGAGCCGGGUCAUGGUGUCCAAGGCCCGUGGCAAGGACCGGCUGUGGAGCCACACACGGGAGCCGCUCAAGCAAGCACUGCUCAAGAAGAUCCUGGGCAGCGAGGAGCUCUCACAGGAGGCCUGCAUGGCCUUCAUUGCCAUGCUCAAGUACAUGGGCGACUACCCAUCCAAGAGGACGCGCUCUGUCAAUGAGCUCACCGACCAGAUCUUUGAGGGUGCCCUAAAGGCCGAGGCCCUCAAGGAUGAGGUAUACGUGCAGAUCCUGAAGCAGCUGACCGACAACCAUAUCAGGUAUAGCGAGGAGCGUGGCUGGGAGCUGCUCUGGCUGUGCACGGGUCUCUUCCCACCCAGCAACAUCCUGCUGCCCCACGUGCAGCGCUUCCUGCAGUCCCGUAAGCACUGUCCGCUCGCCAUCGACUGCCUGCAGCGGCUCCAGAAAGCCCUGAGAAAUGGGUCCCGGAAGUACCCCCCACACCUGGUGGAGGUGGAGGCCAUCCAGCACAAAACCACCCAGAUUUUCCACAAGGUCUACUUUCCUGAUGACACCGAUGAGGCCUUUGAGGUGGAGUCCAGCACUAAGGCUAAAGACUUCUGCCAGAACAUCGCAGCCCGGCUGCUCCUCAAGUCCUCAGAAGGAUUCAGCCUUUUUGUCAAAAUUGCAGAUAAGGUCAUCAGCGUCCCCGAGAAUGACUUCUUCUUCGACUUUGUUCGACACCUGACAGACUGGAUAAAGAAAGCACGGCCUGUCAAGGAUGGAAUCGUGCCCUCGCUCACCUACCAGGUGUUCUUCAUGAAGAAGCUGUGGACCACCACGGUGCCCGGGAAGGACCCGAUGGCCGAUUCCAUCUUCCACUAUUACCAGGAGUUGCCCAAGUAUCUCCGAGGCUAUCACAAGUGCACACGGGAGGAGGUGCUGCAGCUGGGGGCACUGAUCUACAGGGUCAAAUUCGAAGAGGACAAGUCCUACUUCCCCAGUAUCCCCAAGCUGCUACGGGAGCUGGUGCCCCAGGACCUCAUCCGGCAGGUUUCCCCGGAUGACUGGAAGCGGUCCAUCGUUGCCUACUUCAACAAGCAUGCAGGGAAGUCCAAGGAGGAGGCCAAGCUAGCCUUUCUAAAGCUCAUCUUCAAGUGGCCCACCUUUGGUUCAGCCUUCUUCGAGGUGAAGCAAACUACGGAGCCAAACUUCCCUGAGAUCCUCUUAAUUGCCAUCAAUAAGUAUGGGGUCAGCCUCAUCGAUCCCAGAACCAAGGACAUCUUGACCACUCAUCCCUUCACCAAGAUCUCCAACUGGAGCAGUGGCAACACCUACUUCCACAUCACCAUUGGGAACCUGGUGCGCGGGAGCAAAUUGCUCUGUGAGACAUCACUGGGCUACAAGAUGGAUGACCUCCUGACUUCCUAUAUUAGCCAAAUGCUCACAGCCAUGAGCAAACAGCGGGGCUCCAGGAGUGGCAAGUGAACAGUGGGGGAGGUGGUCCUGUUUCAGGCCCAUCAGCUACCUCUGCAGGCGGGAGAGGACUUCUGCCAUCUGGGCAGGGAGGCUGGGCUAGCUGGCCACCACUGAUUAUUACACCAACUUAGCCUCUGAUCCUCUUCCAGUGGGGCAGCCUUGCUGGGAUGAAGAGCUCCCUUCUAUCCACUCCCGAGGGGUGGUUCUAGCUCUGGCUUGCGGUGGCCUUCCCAGUUGUAAAACCCUAUGCUCCUUGGGUGCCUUUCUUAGACCAGUCCUACCGUGCGACCUCCUUUGACUUUCCAUGCAACCACUGUAACAGGGAAUCAAGAGGACAACCUAGUUCUCCAUACUGGGACCAACCAAACCAAACCAACCAAGAAUAUUCUGAAAUCCAAGGGACUGGCUUAAUUCCUGUAAGUCCAGAAUUCUCAGCUGGGAUGAGGGAGACAGACUACUUUUCUAUAUUGCAGUGUGAGUGCUGAGCCCUGUGUUAGUCUCCCCUGAUCACCUCAGGGUAUAAAGUAUGUGUUUAAUCAUUUGGCCCUCUGGUGUCUUUGCUCGGGGAAGAGGAGAGAGUGGGGUGUGGCCUGUAGGACUAUCUCCUCAGUCUGUGUGUGUAGGGCUAAGCUGGUCUGGGUUUGGGGUGCCUGAGCCCAAGAUGUGCUUGAAAGGGGCUUAAAGGGGCUGGCUGGGACCACGGUGGGUUAGGGGUAAAUGUUAGGACAUCAGCCUGGGAGGUAGGGGCCUAAGUGUGCAGGGGCCAGCUUCUGGGCCUUAACUAGGACCAGUGGAGCCAGAGUGACCCUCGCAUCCUGUCAGAAACAUCUCCUUGGUUCAUCAAGAAAUCCAAGAAUUGUGCUGCCUAAGGUUAAAUCCUUGUGUCCUCAGAGUGCCUAUAAAACGUUACUUUGUGACCAGGAUGAAACAACCAAAUUCAGCUGUGAUCUGGUGAGGCAUGGGAAUGGGGGUUUUAGACAGAGAGGUAGGAUUUGGGUGUGAGGCAUCCUCCUGGGCCAUGACGGGGAAGAGUGCCUAGAGAAGUGACAGUGGAGACUGCCCUAGAGGAGGGUAUGUUUACGAUGAGCCCCUAAGGCCCCCCCUAAUACUUCAGUAGGGCCAAAUCCUUAUUGUCCUCACACACACACAAGUGUCUUGGGUCAUCUGCAUCCAGAUGCCAAACACUCCAGAGGGAGUUCUAUUCCUGUUCUCCCCAGCUACUUGUGUGGGAGGAGCUGGUUGUGAAAAUGGAGGCCCCAAACCAGAUAGCCCUGAUUUCUGGGAUGAUCAUGUGGCUUUCUGAGACAGCUUUGCCCCACCAGUGUUUACACAGCUCCAUAGGCAGCCUCAGGUAAAUCUGAGCCAGAAGGAAGGUGCUGUGGUGGUGUGCCUCUACACAGUCAUAUCAGUGGGGAUACAGAGGCCCAGAGAAGGUGGGCGAAUAAGUGAAGGCCACACCAAACUCAGUUCACUGCUUUUAACAUUUGGCUCUGAGACACCAAGGGCUCCAGAUGCUUGUUCUAUGCCCUAGUUCCCCUUCAAGGCCUAGGGUCGAUGGAUAGGCACAGAAUUAUGCCCAUCAUCCCAUUGCACACUAGAUCACAGUGUGUGUGUGUGGGAUGAGAUCUUUCCCCCGAUUCACGCCCUUGCCUAUACCACUUCUCAUUCUCUGACUCAGGAUGGCAUCACUUUUGCACUCAUCCCCUAGUCUGUCAGCCUGAGUGAUCACAGAGGGGUCCAAAGAAUAUGCCAUUAACCUUCUGGGUUCCUGAGAGGUUGCCUUUAUUCUCAUGCUGAUGUGCACAAAGCCAUUCCUUUAGCAGGGAGUACUAUGAAGGGUUAGGAUAAGAAACCCUGUAACUCCAGCUUCAAGACCACAACAACAGUUUUUCCCUUGCCCAUCCCCUAGAGAUGCAUUCUUUAUGGAAAGCACUAGACCAGAGUGGUUCCCCUGAGAGCCUCAAUGGCCCUUCUGCACUCCUUUCUUGACCACUUCCCACCAUCACCACCCUUAGGCACAGAGAGGAAGAAGAAGGAAAAGGCAACGUAUGACAAAAUUUUCUCCAAGAACAUCCUAUAGGAGGAGGAGAACAUGCUAGAGAAGGAAUGCACUGUAUGAAAGACUUCCUGGGAGGAGGAUUUAACAAUGGGGAUCUCUUGGGAUUUUCAGGAUGGGGACCUCUUUAGUGGGUACUGUGGGUCCCAAGGUUUCUAGGGCAGGGGGUCAAUAUGAUUCAAUGGAGGGGAUCUGUCUGAUGACCCCCCCCCCCCAGGGAAGAAUGUCGGUGGUUUGAUGCUCUUAGGGGACACUGGUAGGAUGACAUUUCCCUCAGGGGAUAUUGAUAGUUAGAUCUCCUUGGGGGACAGUGGUGGUUUGACCUUCCCCUUGGGCAGUCACUGGUGGCUUCACAUCCUUCUUGGGAGGGUACUGUGGUUUGAGGGCCUCCUGUUUGGGGGCUUCUGUGACACAGAGGGAACUUGGAUAUCUGAGAAUUGGGGGGAUUCAGGCUGGCUGGAAGGUGGCUGCUGUCCAGGGCUUUUCCAUGACUCAUUUUCUAUGUCAGGGACUGGUUCCUGAAUAUGUUGUAGGGGGUAGAAAAGACAUACACACAGAUUCCCUUAGUGUCACUUUCCCAAUCUGUGUUUGCUAUGUGGUGAACUCCUAGUCCUCUCUUAAACGUUAGAACCACCCCUACUCCCUCAGGCUCAUUCUUCUAAAUUUCCUCCCCCAAGAUUUUCGGCAAACAUAUAUGGCCUGCCAAUUCUGCUUGAGGCAAAUAAGGUCCAUUAUGUGAGGGUAUGGAAGCUCCAAAGGAAGCUCUCAAAAAGUAGCAACUAAAACUUGCUUAAAGAUUAUAUAUUUUAUAAUAAUUGCUUUCAAGUCAGUUAUAGAGAGAAAGGAACAUGUUUCCCUACUGGAAUGCGAGCUUCUUGAGGCCAGGAACCUUUAACUUGCUUGUCACUAUAUUCCUGGUGCCCAGAAAAAUGUCACAUACUAGGUGCUUGAUAUAAUUUUUUGACUGAUGGGAAAACUGGUAAUAGAGAAUUCAGACCUACUCUCCUACUCCAGGACCUUUUUUUAAAAUGGAUACAAUACAAAGAAAAACAUAUUAACGUAGUGAGGAAUUAUGGGGACCAAAUCAAGAAUGUGGCGAUCCAAAAAGUGAAGCCCAGACCCAACUAUACACUGUCUACAAGAAAUUAGAUACAAAUAGAUUGAAAUUAAAGCCUGGAAAAAUAAAUACCUUGUUAACACUACUGAAAAGAAAGAUGAAGUUGCUAUUAAUAUCACACAAUGUCUUUGCUUCAGAGCAAAGAAUAUUACCAGGGAUAAAGAAGUUCAUUUCCUAAUGAUUAAAGAGAUCAUUUCAUCAAGAAGACAUGUUCAGGCACCUUUUAAGUGUUUCAAAACACAUGAAGCAAAGACAAGACUGCAAAAAGAACUAAAUCUAUAAUUAUAUUUGAAGAUUUUGAUGCCCCACUCAAAAGAACUGGGCAGAAAAUCAGUAAGAUGUAGAACACCUGAAAAACUGGUUCUGGUCCAAGUGAACUCACCUCCUCCACAGACACCUAUUUAUAGAGCAAUUCCUCCUGAAGAUGACCUGAGGGCUGACUGAACAGCUUCUUCACCACAAAGAAACCACGCAGAGACUGAACUGUAGUGGCUGGGCAGGUGGUGUAGUACGGAGGGGCUGUGAGCAGACUUGUCUGCCCUGAGGCACAGAAAAAAGCCUUGGUUUCAAAGGGCAACUAGAUAUAAAGGAACCAGUCCUAGAACCCUGCCGAACAGUAGGUGGGGGGGGGGGGUGCUCGAACCCUCUCCAGGUCACAGGACCUGGAAAACGCCAUGGUUUAUGUUCCUCCUCCACCUUUAUCAAGGUGUGGAUGGAAGUAGGGUCUGGGCAUCCUAGCUGGCCUACUGCCUCAAUCAGCCCCAGGUCCCUACCCCACACCAGCCUAAGCCAUCCCGGCCUGUAAAGUAGCACCCCCCACCCCCACUCCCACCAGUGUAGUGCAUACCCGGACAGUCCUGGUCAGUGUCCCCUCAGCUACAGCCAUCUUGCCAAGGUGACAUAGGUGGAAAGAACCCUGGAACACACUAGCUCCACACCACUUUGGCUCCAGACAACUUGAAGUACUCCUGGCACAGAGCCCUGUGGGACCUCCUGGCUGAUGCCUGCCUCAGCUCUAGCUGCCCCACCAAGGUACCCCCUGCAUUGAGCAUCCUGGAACACAGUGACUUGCAUCUACUUCAGCUUCAGUCCUGUCAGGGCACCAACUGCAUGGUGAGUCCUGACACAACCCCGGCCCACAUCCACUUCUGCUUUGGUCAUCCAGAGUGCCCUGGGACUCCCAACCCAUAUCCAGCUACAGCUCUAGCCAGCCAAAGUCACUAGGCACAUACAGUCUACACAAGGGAUGACCAUUCACAAGACCAUUCCUUUAAGUUUAGGAGAAGUAGGUGUUCUGCCUAAUUCAUAGAAAUAAACACAGAAAGUCAAGCAAAAUGAGGAGACAGAGGAAUAUGCUGCAAAUGAAAGAACAAGACAAAACCUCAUAAAAAGAACUACAUGAAAUACCCAAUCUACCUGAUAAAGAGUUCAAAGUAAUGGUUAUAAAGGUGUUCAACAGCCUGGAGAGAACAGAUGAACUUAGAACAUCAAUGAGAUAGAAAACAUAAAAGACCAGAGUUUAAGAACACAAUAACCUAAAUGAAAAAUACACUAGAGGUUGUAGAAAAACAGAGCAGUAAUCUGGAAGACAGGGUAAUGGAGGGCACCUGAGUUGAACAGCAAAAGGAAAAAAGAAUUUUAAGAAAUGAGGAUAGGUUAAGGUCUCUUGGGCAACAUCAAACAAAUAUUUGCAUUAUAAGGGUUCCAGAAGGAGAAGAGAGCCAGCCAGAAAACUUGUUUGAAGAAAUAGCUAAAAACUUCCACAACCCAGGGAAGGAAACAGACAUCCUGGUUUAAGAAGCACAAAGAGUUCAAAACAAGAUGAACCCAAUGAGAUCCACACCAUGACACAUGGUAAUUUGAAUGUCAAAGAUUAAAGGAAGAAUUUAAAAAGCAGCAAGAGAGAAGUGACUAGUAAUGUACAAGGGAAACUCUCUAAGGCCAUCAGCUGAGUUUUCAGAAACUUUGCAGGCCAGAAGGAAGUGGCAUGAUCUACUCAAAGUGCUGAAAGGAAAAAACAUACAACCUGAGAAUAUUCUACCUGGCAAGAUUAUCAUUCAGAAUUGAAGGACAGAGAAAGAGUUUCCCAGAAAAACAAAAGCUAAAGAAGUCAUCACCACUACACUGGCCUUAGAAGAAAUGUUAAAGGUACUUCUUUAAGUAGAAAAGUCCAUAAUUAUAAGAAACCUGUGAAAGGAAAAAAUAUUUCAUGAAUAAAAGCAAACAGUAUGGUAGUAGAGCAAUUAUAUCUAAAAUAUCAGUUAAGGGGACUCAGACAACAUAUACAUAAAACGUGGAGUGUGGAACUAAAAAUCAAAUUCCUUUAGAAAGUGUUCAAACUUAAGUGACUAUCAACUUAAUACAGACUGCUAUAUACUUAGAAUGUUAUAUAUGAACUUCAUGGUAACCAUAAACCCAAAACCUGUAAUAGAUACACUAAAGUCAUCAGUCACAAGAAAGAGUAUGGGAGAAAAAAGGAACAUAGAAGAGCUACAAAAAGCACCCAUAAAACAGUUAACAAAAUGGCAAUAAGUACUCAACUAUCAAUGAUUAAAUGUACAUAGUGUAAAUGCUCUAAUCAAAUGCGUAGGGUGAUGGAAUGGAUAAAAAAAAAUCAAGACCCAUGAAUAUGUUGCCUACAAGAGACUCACUUCAGACCUAAAGACACACAGACUGAAAGUGAAGGGAUGGAAAAAUAUAUUCCAUGCAAAUAUCAGGGGAAAAAAGCCAGGGUAGCAAUACUUACAAGACACAAAAAAGGUCAUUGCACAAUGAUACAGGGAUCAGUCCAGCAAGAGGAUAUAACAAUUGUAAAUAUCAGUGCACCCAACACUGGAGCACCUAUAUACAUAGAGGAAAUUUUAACAUUUAUAAAAGGAGAAAUUGACAGUAGGGAAUAAUAAUAGAGAACUUUAACACCCUACUUACAUAAAUGGAUAGACAAUCCAUACAGAAAACUAACAAGGAAAUUGAGGCACUGAACAACACAUUAGACCAGAUGGACUUUAUAAAUACAGAACAUUCCAUCCCAAACCAGAAUGCACAUUCUUUUCAAGUGCACAUGGAACAUUCACCAGGACAGAUCAUGUGUUAGGCCACAAAAUAAGUCUUGAUAAAUUUAAAAAUACUGAAAUCAUAUGCAUAUUUUCUGUACACAGUAGAUAAUUAAAAUCAACUAUAAGAAAAAAAUGGAAGAAACACAAAUACAUGGAGGCUAAACAAUAUGCCACUAAACAAUGAAUGGAUCAGUGAAGAAGUCAAAGAGGAAAUUUUAAAAAAUACACGGAGACAAAUGAAACUAAAAACACAGUGGUCCAAAAUCUUUGGGACCCAGCAAAAGCAGUUCUAAGGGAAAUUUAAAAUGAUACAGGCUUAUCUCAAUAAACAAGAAAACUCUCAAACAGUCUAACCUUAAAGGAACUAUAAAAACAAGAACAAAGCCCAAAGUUAGAAGGAAGGAAAUAAUAGAGUAUAAAUUAAUGAAAUAAAGACUAAAAACCAAUAGAAAAGAUCAAUGAUAUUGUAUAUCUGAAACUAAUAUAAUGCUGUAUGUUAAUUAUACUUGAAUUUUAAAAAGCUGAAUUAUGAAGUCAAUAAACAAUAGUUAAAAAUCUUUUAAAAAAUCAAUGAAACCAGAACUGGAUUUUUGAAAAGAUAAGCAAAAUUGAUAAACCUUUAGCCAGCCUCAUCAAGAAAGAGAGAACCGAAACAAAAUCAGAAAUGAAAGAAGGGAAGCAACAAAUGACACCACAGAAAUACAAAGGAUUAUAAGAGACUACUACUAUGAAAAAUUACAUGCCAAGAUACUGGUCAACAUAGAAGAAAUGGAUAAAUUCCUAGAAACAUACAAUCUUCCAAAACCAAAUCAAAAAGAAAAAAUCUGACUAGUAACAAAAUGGAAUCAGUAAUCAAAAAACUCCCAACAAACAAACGUCUAGGACCAGAUGGACUCACCAGUGAAUUCCACCAAACAUUUAAAGAGUUAAUAACUAUUCUCCUCAAACUAUUCAAAAAAAAAAAAAAUAGGAAAGGGAAGAAAGAUUCCAGAUUCAUUCUUUGAGGCCAGCAUUAUCCUGACACCAAAACCAGACAAAGACACUACAAAAAUCAAUAUCCAAUAUCAAUAGACCAAUAUCCCUGAUGAACGUAGAUGCAAAAAUCCUCUACAAAGUAUUAGCAAACUACAGUCAACAAUACAUUAACAGGAUCAUUCACCACAAUCAAUGGGAUUUAUUCCAGGGAUGCAAAGAUGGCUCAAUAUCCACAAAUCAAUGUAAUACAUCACAAUAACAAAAUGAAGAAUAAAAAUCAUAUGCUCAUCUCAGUCAAGACAAAAAAGCAUUUCACAAAACUAAACGUGUUCAUGAUAAACACUCUCAACAAAGUGGGUUUAGAGGGAUCAUAGCUUAACAUAAUAAAGGCUAUAUAUGACAAGCCUAGAGUUAACAUCAUGGUCAAUGGUGAAAAACAGAGAGCUUUUCCUCUAAGAUCAGGAACAAGACAAUAAUGCCCAUUGUUGUCACCUUUAUUCAACAUAGUACUGGAGUCCUACCCACAGCACUGAGACAAGAAAUGAAAGGUAUCCAAACUGAUACGAAGUAAAAACUAUCUUCAAAUGACAUGAUACUACACAUAGAAAACUCUGAAGACUCCAUCAAAAAACUAUUAGAAGUGAUAUAUGAAUUCAGUAAAGUUGCAGGACACAAAAUUAAUAUGCAGAAAUUCACUGUGUUUCUAUACAUUAAUAAUGAAAUAGAGAAAUUAAGAAAACAAUUCCAUUUACAAUUUCACACCAAAAAAAAAAAAAAAACAAAAAAACCUAGAGAUAAACUUAACCAAGGAGGUGAAAGGCCUGUAACUUAAAAACCACAAUGAGACAUCACUUUAUACCUAUCAGAAUGGCUAGAAUCAAAAAGAGAGUAACAAAUCUUGGUGAGGAGACACAGAACAAGGAACCCUCAUGCACUGUUGGUCAGUUUGUAAACUGGUUCAGCUCUUGUGGAAAACAAUACAGAAGUUACUCAAAAAAUUAAAAAUAGAAAUAUUACACGAUCCAUUAAUUCUACUAUUGGGUAUUUAACCAAACAAAACUAAAACACUAAUUCAAAAAGAUCUAUACACUCCUACGUUUAUUGCAGCUCUAUUUACAAUAGCCAUGACAUGGAAACAACGUAAGUGUUCACCAAUAGAUGAAUGGCUAAGCAGUAGUAGUAUAUAUAUACAGGGGAAUAUUCAGCCAUAAAACAGAAUGAGAAAUUGACAUUUGCAACAAUGGAUGGAACUAAAGGGUAUUACAUGCUAAGUGAAAUAGGUCAAAGACAAAUACCAUAUGAUUUCAUUUAAUAUGUAGACUCUAAAACACAAAUGAAAAAAGCAGAAAAACACCCAUAAUUAUAACAAACUGAUGAGUGCCCACUCAUCCCCCCUCACACCUAACCUCUCCCCUCUGGCAAGGUGGGUGAAGGAAAGUGGGAGGCAUAGGUUCCAGAUACGAAGUGGAUAAGUCACAGAGAUGAAAGGUACAACAUAGGGAAUACAGUCAAUUUUAUUAUAAUAGCCUUGUAUGGUGACAGAUGGUAGCUACAUUUGUGGUGAGCGUAACAAUGUAUAGAGAAGUUGAAUCACUAUGUUGUACACCUGAAACUAAUGUAACAUUGUGGGUCAAAUAUACCUAAAAAGCAAAACAAAAUAAAAAAACACUACUAACCAACUAGAUCCCAUUGACAUUUACAGAACAUUCCACCCAAUGAUAGCAAAGUGCACAUUCUUUUCAAGUGCACAUGGACAUUUACCAAGACAGACCAUAUUCUGGGUCACAAAAAUAGCACCAAUAAAUUUUAAAGGAUUUAAGUCACAUAAAGUAUGUUCUCUCACCAUAUAGAAUUAAGUUAGAAAUCAGUAACAUAAAGAUAUCUGGAAAAUACCAUUUGGAAACCUAACAUACUUCUAACCCAAGAAUUAACACUACCUGAUCUCAAGACUUACUAUGAAGCUAUAGUAAUCAAGGAAAUAUGAUUUUGUCAUAAAGAGAGUCAAGCAGAUACAUGGAACAGAAUCAAGAGUUCAGAAAUAGACCCACACGUACGAAGAGAAUUGAUUGCUUAUAAAGGUGCAAAGGCAAUUCAGUGAAGAAAUAAUAGUCUUUUAAACACAUGGUGCUGGAAUAACUAUGCCAAAAACCCCCAAAACUUAAGUCUAUACCUUGUACUAUAUACAAAACUUAAUUCAAAUGGAUUAUGGACCUAAAUAUAAAACCCAAAACUAUAAAACUUCGUGGGGGAAAAAACUUAGGAGAAAAUCUGCUACCUUAGGUAAGCAAAGAUCUUAGAAAUGACAUCAAAACCAUGAUUUAUAGGGGCUCCUGGGUGGCUCAGUGGGUUCAGCGCAUGACUUUGGCUCAGGUCAUGAUCUCAUGGUUGAUGGGUUCCGAGCCCCGCCUUGGGCUCUGUGCUGACAGCUCAGAGCUUGGAGCCUGCUUUGGAUUCUGUGUCUCCCCCUUCCCCCCCCCCCCGCCCCACUCUCUGCCUCUCCCCUGCUUGCACUCUCCUCUCUCUCUCUCAAAAAUAAAUAUAAAAAAAAUUUUUUUUAACCCCAUGAUUUAUAUAAGAAAAAAUCUGAGGGGCACCUGGGUGGCUCAGUUAAAUGUCUGACUAUUGGUUUUGGCUCAGGUCAUGAUCUCAAGGUUCAUGAGUUCGAGCCCCACAUGGGGCUCUAUACUGAGAGUAUGGAGCCUGCUUGGGAUUCUCUCUCUCCCCUCUCUCUCUGUCCCUACCCUGCUUACUCUCUCUCUCUCUCUC